AUGAAGCUUAAACCCUGCUCACCUAUUUGUUCAUGUUCUGUGGUUACUCUCCUUUACUCUGCAGCAUGUAAAACCUAUGGGAGUGGGAUCACUCAGCCUCUUACAGGAGAAAAGUUCUACGUGCGGUCCGACUGUCCUUUCAACUUCAUUACCUUCACGCACGACAAGGUGGACGUCAUAGUCACUCUGACUCGUGGAAAAAGUGGCCUCAUCAGCAGAGCUGUAAUCAAUGUGAACAAUGCCAAAAUCUCUCUGGAGAACGGUCACAUCAUUGUGGAGGACCAAAGCGUGUCUGUUCCUUACAAUGACAUGUAUCGGCACAUCUUCCAGUAUGGCAUCUACACAAAGAUGAAGAGCAAGGUCCUGCCAGCAGCUUUCUCCAUUUUAUGGCAAAGUUUUGGGAAUGAGAUCAGUUUAUUCUGGGUGGAGCUGGACACAUCUGAUAUCAAAGGCUUGACCGGCUUUUGUGAUGGUAACCCAGCAAAUGAUGUACUCCGAGGAGAACAGUGUCUUGUCCAAGCAAUGUAUACACAGGACUCAGACCAGUCGCUACCCUCUCCAAAGGUUGAUUGUCAAGCUUUGUCCUACAUGACAAAUUGUUUCAGUGAUUUGGACUGGACAAUGACACUUUGUGGGCACAAUGUUGACGGCUUUGAAAAACGGCCGGAAAUUUACUGUCCAUUUUUUAAUGAAAUUGCCCACAACUGUUUGGAGUUUUAUUCUGAAAUCUCAGACUGGAGGAUUAGAACUAAUUGCCCUGAACCAACUUGCCCUGGAAACCUUAUAUUUCAAGAAUUUGGGCCCGCCUUCUCACCGAUUUGCUCAAGCUCACAGUCAGAUGUGGCAAAUUCAGAAAAUAUCACCACAUGUCUUUGUCCGCCAGGUACUGUUCUCAACGACCUGGAGCCUGGGAAUCUCUGUGUUGCUCCGCAAAACUGUCCCUGUGUCCACAACGGCCAAGUGCUUCCACAUGGUGCUGUUUUGGAUGAACGGUGUCAGACAUGUAAAUGUCAAGGCAGAGACUGGACCUGCGAGAAGAAGACGUGCCCCGCCAUCUGUACAAUCGAAGGACGAUAUGUGACCACUUUCGAUGGCAAAUACUACACCUUACCUGGGAUGUGUAAAUAUCAUGCUGUGGGGAGAUACUGGACUCUUUCAGUUUCCUUUUCUACCACAAGUUUUACUGUUAGCCAAGUUUUGCUGAAAAUGUUUGAGACUACAUUUACCUUCUCCAUGGACGGUGUGCAAGCUGGUGAUAAAAACAUCAAAGAUGUCUAUCGCACCGAAAAUGUUACGGUAUUCUGGCAAAGUUCAAUGUUCGUUCAACUGCACGCUUCCACUGGGAUGAGUUUACAAGUUCGAGUUUCUCCAACAGUCCAGCUGUAUCUGACAUUACCAGCACAAGAGAAAGGCCAAACAAAAGGAAUUUGUGGAAACUAUAACGAUAUCACGACGGAUGAAUUCAUCUCCUUUACGUCAUAUCCUGAGAGCUCGUCGGAGGUGUUUGCGCAGUCCUGGGCUGAGCCAGGAUGCACACCUGGUCAGAAAUGCACCAUCUCACAGACCCCAGCUAAAUGUCUGUACCUGAAAGAUCCAAAUGGAAAGUUUGCUGCGUGCCACAGCAUGGUAACAGUUGACAGUUUUGUUGAGGCCUGUGAGCAGAGCCAGUGCGGCUGUUCCGGAAAUAAGGAAGAAUGCCUUUGUGUGGUGCUGGCCAACUACGCCCAGGCUUGUGCCAAACAGGGGGAAACAGUGGAGGGCUGGAGGACAGUCAUAGAUUGCACGACUGAGUGCGACCACAACCAAAAGUUUGAAUACAACAUGCAGGCUUGUAACCGUACCUGCCGGUCUCUGUCGGAGCCGGACCCCACCUGUGAGGGGGUCAGUGACCCGGUCGAGGGCUGUGGCUGUCCGGAGGGAACGUACCUCAGUGAAAACUCUAAAUGUGUGCCCAGGAUAGAAUGCUCCUGUUACUAUGGGGGAAAGGUGUUCUCAGGCUCUGAGCCAGUGGAGGUCAAUGGACAAAAAUGCACAUGUGAACACGGAAAGCCUGUUUGCACAGAGAAACCAGCUUGCCCUCUGCCAAAAACAUACAAGCACUGUUCUGGACUUCAAAGAACAUGUGAUGCCUUGACAAAACCUAUGAUUGAGGACAAGCUUUGUCAGAGCGGCUGUUUUUGCCCAACUGGCCUAUAUGAAGACCAUUAUGGCAAUUGUGUUCCACGUGAGAGCUGCAGUUGUGUGUCUGGUGAAGAAAAAUACAGAUCUGGAGAUGUGGUAGAAGACAAUUGUAAAACAUGCACUUGCAAGGGUGGGAAAUGGAACUGUCUCUCCCAAGAAUGUCCCGGGAAGUGUCAGGUGUACGGGAAUGGACAUUAUAAGACCUUUGACUCCAAAUGGUACCACUUUGAUGGGCACUGUCAGUACACUUUGGUUGAGGACUCCUGUGGCAGAUCCAGUGGGUCGUUCUCCAUCACGGCUGAGAGUGUUCCAUGCUGCGAUGCAGCCCUAACGUGUGCUCGCGUCAUUGUGAUCAAUCUUAAGGGUGAGGUUACACUGACACUUGAGGACAUGAAUGUGAAGGAGAACCUUCUUCAGCCACAGUCCUCUGAGAACGUGGUCCUGUACUCAGUCCACACUUUUGUCCUAUACAUUGAAAUAUCCAUUCCCAGUAUGGGCUUGACUGUCAUCUGGGACAAGAAUACCCGACUGACCAUCAUAGCUGACGAAAUGUUGAAGCAAAAAGUGUGUGGACUGUGUGGGAAUUUUGAUGAUGAUGAGACAAACGACCUGCAAACACGGUCACUGGUUCAAGUGACCAACGCGCUGGAGUUUGGAAAUAGCUGGAAAACGACCACCCCACCCUGCUUAGAUGCUGUAAAUGAGACAUUUCCCUGUGAACGCUUCUCUUACUGUGCUGCGUGGGCAGAGCAUCGCUGCAAGGCCCUCAUAAUGGACACUUUCACAGAGUGUCACCAAAAGGUAUGCUGUCCUGCUCUUAUUCAUAAAAAUGUCUGCUGCUUUCACUCGUGUAGUCUGUGUAAUGUAAAGCUAUUCAUUCAUUCAUUAAGAAAUCGUAACAGGUCAUGAGAACUUAUCAAAAGAGUCACGAGAAAGAAUCUUUA